AUGUCCGAAUCCUUCGCCAUCCUCCGCCGACGCCGCUCCGACGAGCUAGCCAAGCUCGCCGACGAGCACAUGCAACACGACCUUCAAUCGGGAGACCGCGACAAGCUGAAAGCAGCGGCAUCUUCAAUCUCCCUGUGGACAACAGUUGGCUCUGCGGUUGGAGUCAGUCUUGGUCUUCUAGCCGCCAUCCGACUGCGCAGUACGCGGAAGGCGUUCUUCUCUGCUAUUCGGGCGCAGGAGAGGCCGACAAAGGUUAUUUUUGAGGAUGGGAGGACUGAGUCCAUUCCUGACCUCACGCCGCUGUUAAAACCGACUACUUUGGGUGACAUCGCGACUUAUUUCUUUGCGACGGCCGGUGGAUUGUUCUUGGGUGGAGAGCUUGGCUUUGCUGGUGGUGUGGCGAAAGGGACGAGGAGUAUCUCCGCGGAUCCCGAGAGCAAGAAGAGAAUUGAGACUGCGUUUAGGAGAUUCCGGGCUGACGUGCUGCGGAAGCAGGCUGAUGCUUUGGAUAUGGGAAACAAUGAUACCGGUCUGAUCUAA